AAGUAGAAAAUUGAGAAAUAACGAGAAAGGCAAAAAUAGGAUGCAUAACUGAUUCUGUCUUGCUCUCUCUUCUCUCCCCUCACUCCUGGAAAGGCAGUAUCUGUUUAGUUUUGCGUCUAAAUUUAAACCUUGAUUGCUUUGUCUCCCUAAACACCCGCUCUCCCCACCCUCCCUUCCUCUCCUCCCCCAGCUUCCCCCCCCCCAGCCUUUACAGCAGGCCACAUAGGACUCUUGACAGUUUCUAAGCUAAGCUGGAACUUGGAUUUUUACACUCCCAAGCAGUGUGUUCUUCUUCUUUUCUUCUUCUUUUUUUCUUUCCCUGCCUGAUCAGAAGCUUUGAACAAACAGAGGAAAUAAGGGAAAAAAACAACAACAGGAUGGGGGAAGAAAUACUUCCCAAGACCAUCCCACACCUGCACAACAGAGAGGCUGAGAAACAAUUUAUUUCUGCUUUUCAUCAGGACAAACCGUCAGAGACCAAGAUGGUGGUGGAAAAGCCCACAACUCCAUCCGUGGCCCAACUAGCAGGAAAAUUUCAAGAGAAAUCAUCAGUUUCUGGAAAGGAGGUCCCAGCUCCUAAACCAGCACGCAGAAAACCACCUUGUUCUCUUCCCCUCCACACAAAUAAGAUGGAGCUAGGACAGAAUGGUGAGCUAAAACCAUCCCCAAAUGCUUCUCGCCCUAUAAGGAUAAAGCCCAAAAGUUCUCCUCUCAUUGAAAAAAUGCAGGCCAAUUUGGCACUUGCUCCAAUUUCUAUGCUGCCAGGAGCAUCUCCUAAAAGCCCUGGACUAAAGACAAUGAUGUCUCCCUUUAACAGUCCACCAGUCACCCCUGUCAGCCCAAGGACUCAUUCCUUGAGUAUUCCUGAUGAAUCUCCAGUUGAUUUUGAUCAACCACCAGAAGGUACUCAACUUCAGUUUUAUAAUAAGGUAAGGACACGAGGAUCAAUAAAGCGCAGACCUCCAUCUAGAAGGUUUCGAAAAUCACAGUCAGAAUAUGGAGAUGACCUAGAUUUAGGAGGGACAGUUUUACCUCAGGAAAAUGGUUCCAAAACUGAGGAGAAGGAAGAAGUAGAUGUAUUUAUGGACAAAAAUAAAUGUAUGAAAUCCUCACCUGCCCCCGAGGGUGGUGUAGACCAUCAGAAGAAACAAAAUCAAGUAGCUUCUGAUGAAAAAUCCCCAUCAGUUCUACAAUCUAGUGGAUCAGAAAACAAAGAGAAAGAAGUGGAUACAGAAAAAGUAACAAAAUUCAAAGAGAGCCAGGAAGACAAGACACAGCAGAAUCUUUCAGAGGAGAGGCCAAGUAAAACUGUGAACAAUGAGAAAGAGAAGAAUGCAGAUACUAAUACUGCAGAAGAUACAAAAAGAAAACCAUGGAACUGUAAUGCUUCCAACAUGGAAAACACUUACAAAGAAAAGAGGGAGGAAAAAAUAAAUGGAAGUGAAGAUUCACAUCAUGAAUCAAGUAGACCAGAUAUUGGGACUUCACAACCUACUGGAGAUAUGAAACUGUUCUGAACUCAAGGAUAUGGUGCUAAUAUAAUUACUAAACAAAUGAUAAAUGGAAAGCCAAUUAUUAGUGUUCCUAUUGCAAUACUUGCUUAUAAACUAUUUCUAGUUUAUAAUAGUUUAUGAAGAAAUAAACUAAUUCUUUAAAGAAGACACCAAAGAAACCUGAAUUAUUGCUUUCUGCUGGAAAUUCGUAAGCUUUUGUUGAGACAAAUCAGGACAUCUAUGAUGGACAGCAGCCUUACCAAGCUCCUUAAGUUUCUCAAACUUGGGGACAGGCCAAAAGUAUGUUUUGGAGAUUGUUGUCUAUUGAAUUUCAACAGUUGCUGAGUGUUUUUUUUUUAAUGGAAAGGACUAUGAUCCAUAUUAAUUACACUUUCUGAUUAAAGUUAACAUUUCCAAACCAA